UCUCUUGUACAUUUUACGGUCAGUUGUGUAAAACCACUUGAACUGUUAACAUGUUUCGAAUUAUCAAAUGUCGGGAAAGCUUAUCACCGCGAUUGUUCAGUCGGGGCAAACAUACGGGAAAGGUGAUCGCCAUUCGCCGUGAGGAUCAAUCCGUAUGGGAACGGCGAGCCUCUUUCAGCCCAGCAAUGGUGAAAAAGCUAAUAAAACAGGGGGUCAAGGUGAUAGUCCAACCCUCCAACCGACGGGCCUAUCCGAUGCAGUCCUAUCUUAAUGCCGGUGCAACGGUCCAAGAGGACAUAAGCGAAGCAUCCGUUAUUUUCGGCGUCAAACAAAUUCCCGUAGAUGCACUGAUCCCGCAGAAAACCUACUGUAUCUUCUCCCACACUAUCAAGGCACAGGAGUGCAAUAUGCCGCUGCUGGACGCCUGCCUGGAGAAGAACAUUCGUUUGAUCGACUACGAGAAGUUGAUGGAUCGUAACGGUCAGCGAUUGGUAGCAUUCGGCAAGUACGCUGGUGUGGCCGGUAUGGUUAACAUACUGCACGGUCUAGGUUUGCGACUUCUUGCCUUAGGACAUCACACUCCAUUUAUGCACAUCGGUCCAGCCCACAAUUAUCGCAAUUCUUCGAUGGCACGCCAAGCGGUGCGAGAUUGCGGCUACGAAAUUGCUCUCGGGAUGAUGCCCAAAUCCAUUGGACCGUUAACGUUCAUAUUCACGGGAUCCGGUAAUGUGUCCCAGGGUGCUCAAGAAGUUUUCCAAGAGCUCCCAAUCGAAUACGUCCCUACGGAGGCACUGCGAAAAGUAUCCGAGCAUGGUAGUCAAAACAAGUUGUAUGCAUGCGAGGUGAGUCGAGCUGAUCAUCUUGAGCGAAGCGACGGUGGUGGAUUCGAUCCCGUAGAGUACGACCAAUACCCAGAGAGGUACAUCUCAACAUUUAAUAAAAAGGUUGCAGCCUACGCAUCGGUAAUCGUCAACGGUAUCUAUUGGGCUGUAGGUUCACCAAAAUUGAUCACCAUCCCCGAUGCUAAGAACUUACUACGACCCGCAAAUACACCAUGGUUACCAACUAGUUCGGGAGCACCGGCUCUUCCGCAUCGAAUGUUAGCAAUCUGUGAUAUUUCAGCAGAUCCUGGUGGUUCCAUCGAGUUCAUGAAUGAGUGCACCACCAUCGAUACACCAUUCUGUUUGUAUGACGCCGACCGUAAUAAGGAUAUGAAGAGCUUCAAGGGACCGGGUGUACUGGUUUGCUCGAUCGAUAACAUGCCCACUCAACUCCCGAGAGAAUCAACCGAUUUCUUCGGGGACCUCCUUUACCCCUAUGCUUUGGACAUCUUACAGAGUAAUGCCGCCAAACCUUUGGAAGAACACGAUUUUUGCCAACCAGUACUAGGAGCGAUAAUCUGCAGUAACGGAAAGCUAACGCCAUCGUAUGAAUAUAUCAACGAGCUUCGUGAAAGUAAUUACAGAUCCAGGCACAAAGCUGAUGGUUGUAGUACAAGUAAAAAACGCGUCCUUGUACUAGGAGCAGGAUUCGUUUCUGCACCUCUCGUAGAAUAUCUACACCGCGAGUCAAACGUUAGUAUUAAAGUAGGAUCUCAGAUCAAGGAAGAAGCAGAUCGGUUGGCACAUCGUUAUCAAGGAAUAGAAUCGGUUUACGUCAACGUGGAAGACGAGAGCGCAAAUUUGCAAAACCUUUGUGAGGAAAGUGAUAUCGUAGUAUCCCUAUUGCCUUACUCACUGCACGGACUGAUCGCUAAGCACUGCGUCGCUGGUAAAACUCACCUUGUCACUGCCAGUUACUUGAAUGAUGACAUAAAAAAUCUGGACGAAAAGGCUAAAGAAGCUGGAGUAACACUAAUGAAUGAGGUUGGACUAGAUCCGGGUAUCGAUCACCUUCUAGCUUUGGAGUGCAUUCAAGAGGUCGAGGAAAAGGGUGGUUCAAUAGAAUCAUUUGUCAGUUUUUGUGGGGGACUUCCUGCCCCGGAGCAUUCCGAUAACCCGCUUCGAUACAAGUUUUCGUGGUCCCCUCGAGGGGUUCUUCUCAACACUUUAUCAGCAGCCAAGUAUUUAAGCAAGGGUCAAGUUGUUGAAAUUUCAGGAGGAGGAGAUCUAAUGACGGCCCCUAGGGAUUUGGAUUUUCUACCAGGUUUUGCACUAGAAGGUUUCCCAAACCGUGAUUCUACAAAGUAUCAGUCCUUGUAUGGACUUACAAAUGUCCAUACACUUCUCAGGGGAACCAUUCGAUACAAAGGUUUUUCAGACACAAUUAAACCAAUGCAGCUACUGGGACUCAUUGAUCCACAUCCUCAUCCGAUGCUGCACACUCAUGGACCAGAGAUUACCUGGCGGCAGCUAAUCAUCAACCUGCUGGGACUAGUUGAUGAAGAUAUUUUCUACGAAAAUCUUAAGAACAAAUUGGCAGAGCGAGUCAAUAACAUCGAAGGGAUCGAAGAGCUAGGUUUAUUGGAAGAUAUUCCAGUUGUAAAAAUGGGAUCGCCGCUUGAUACGCUUAGUCACUAUUUGUCGAAAAAGUUAGCCUUUGGUGAUAAAGAACGUGACUUGGUUGUUUUGCGACAUGAUAUUGGCAUUCGCUGGAGCGACGGUCGGCGGGAAGAACGUGGAAUCAAUUUAGUGGCCUACGGACAACCAGGAAUUAAUGGCGGGCACUCAGCGAUGGCAGUCACUGUCGGUUUUCCAGCGGCAAUUGCGACGAAGAUGAUAUUAGAUGGGGAAAUUCAGCAACGCGGCGUGGUACUGCCGUUUUCACCGGAUAUUUUCCGAACAAUGCUGGCGCGAUUAGAGAACGAAGGACUUGUGGCGACCACCACUUCUAAAUUCUUGUGAUGUACAACAAGAAUUGCAAAAGGAUGGCUACAUAUGAUUAUGUUAGCACACAGCAUAGGUCAAGGAUGCUAUGCCAAAAGAAACUCGUGAAUUUCAAGUAAUAAAAACAGACUGCAACUGUA